AUGGCUCGUAACAAGCCCGAAGGCGUCCGAGGUCGAUCCCCCGGCCCAGCAGCUGAUCGACGCGAGUCGAGCCUUAGCGAGCUCAGCAUCCACGAUCACGACGCUGACGAUGCGAUGCAGAAUAACGCUCCAGCCAGGACAAGCAAGCGACGCAAGCGUUCGGAGCUCUCGCCUUCAUCGAAGGCCACCCACAGCAUCAUCGAAAAGGAGCGCCGCGAGGCCAUGAACGAGAAAUUCUCCGAACUCGCCGCCAACAUUCCGGAGCUCGUCGAAGCCAUCGCAGCCGGUAAGCGUCCCACCAAAGGCGAAAUUGUCAAGGCGAGUAUUGCAAGGCAUCAAGAUCAGGAGCGACGCGUUGGCGAACUGAUGCACGAGCUGCAGAUGCUUCGAGCCGGUAGAGAUGCCACCACUUCCUCCUCGAGCAGCUUCCCUCGUCUCGAGACCCCAAGCCCCGUGACCACGAUAGUGCACGAGCAAAUCAUGCCCCCGACCCAGGCGCUCUCCUUACCCUACCAGAUCCAGGCCUCCCACCCCGUCGGACUGCCCGGCACGGACGCCCACGGCAAUCUCUGGAUCGGUCAGCUGUUCGACAAGACGCAUCAACAGCUGUCCUUUGACGCGCCACAGCCACUGCCGAUGCUGCCGGACAUGAUGCAACAGCCAGUCUCGCCGUUCAAGCAGACUUCCAUGAUGAACUGGAAUCUUUCGUCGCUGCCUCAGCCUCUGGAUGCAUCAUCCUUUGGCAUGGGAGUUCCCGCGUCUGGCAUCCUCAAGGGAUUCAUGGACAACGGGAUGUUGGCCAACCUUGCUCGUCGCGACAGCGUUGCAAGCGGUCCUACUGCUACGUCAGGCCUCUCUUCACCUACGUUUACCUCUUCCUCGGAUAGCGAUUCGACGUUCAGCAGCGAAGCAGUGGACCCGAGCCUCGACGAGCGCAAAUUCCUUGCUGACAGCAUGUCCUUCGAGCCGUUCGCUAUGCCGACGAGCAUGCCAGAGCAGACUCCAUUGACAUCGCUCGUCGGGCUGCCGGCUACGGCUGACCUGCUGAACGCAAACAACCAGGCGCGGCGUGUCUCUGCGCAUCGUCGAGCACGAAAAGACGGCGUCAAGGAGGAAGCCGUUCAGUCUUCCUCGAGCCCUCUAACCGCUUCGCUCGCCGCGAACACGUAA